UUCUAUGAUCUAACAUCGGCGUCAUUUCACAUCCACCCAGCCAACUACCAUUCAUUCACAAAAUCCAAUAGAAAAUAUCGAAGCAAGGCAGCUUCUUUCUCCAAAUCGAUCAUCCUCAUCAUAAAAGAAAAGGAAAAAUGAUGCACAUGACCUUGUACUGGGGCAUAAAAGUGACCCUCCUCUUCGAUUGCUGGAAAACAGAUUCUUGGUUCAGUUACCUCCUUUCUUUACUUGCUUGUUUCCUUUUCUCUGCUUUCUACCAAUACUUGGAAGAUCGUCGCAUCCGAUUCAAGGCCAUCGCUGUCUCCAACCCCUCCCAGCAACCACCACCUGUCAACGCCCCUCUUCUCACCCCUAAACGACGCGCCAGUUCAGCCAAAUUCGCCACCGCUUUGUUGUUUGGGAUCAACUCGGCCAUCGGGUAUUUGUUGAUGUUGGCUAUCAUGUCCUUUAAUGGGGGAGUGUUUUUGGCUAUUGUUUUGGGUUUGACUGUUGGGUAUGUAUUGUUCAGGAGUGGAGAUGAAGAGGUUGUUGUUGUCGAUAAUACAUGUGCUUGUGCUUGAUAUCUAUAUCUUCUUUUAUUUUCUUACCACUGAAUCUCAAAGCUCAAUUUGUAUUAUAGUUGUUGUUGUUGUAAGCUUAUUUGUUGUUUUUGAAUUGGGGCGUUUCAUUUUCAGAUCUGAAUUUGUAAAACAAGAAUUAUGGCUUCAUUUGUCAAUGAAUUUCAGUCGUUUGCUUACUUUUAA